ACAAAAUAUACUGAUAAAGAUAAUGGAGGGAUGCUUGUAUGGUCUCCAUAUCAUAAUAUUCCAGAUGCCAAGUUGGAUGAAUAUAUAGCAAUAGCAAAGGAAAAACAUGGAUACAAUGUGGAACAGGCUCUCGGCAUGUUGUUUUGGCAUAAACACAAUAUUGAGAAGUCCCUUGCGGAUCUCCCUAACUUCACUCCUUUCCCUGAUGAAUGGACAGUUGAAGAUAAAGUCCUAUUUGAACAAGCAUUUAGCUUCCAUGGAAAGAGCUUUCACAGGAUCCAGCAAAUGCUUCCAGACAAGACUAUUGCAAGCCUUGUGAAAUAUUACUAUUCUUGGAAAAAAACUCGCUCUAGGACAAGUUUGAUGGAUCGGCAGGCUCGAAAACUAGCUAAUAGAAAUAAUCAAGGUGACAGUGAUGAUGACGUAGAAGAAGCUCAUCCAAUGGAUGGAAAUGAUAGUGAUUACGAUCCCAAAAAAGAAGCCAAAAAGGAGGGCAAUAAUGAGCAGCCUGUUCAGACCAGCAAAAUAGGUCUGGGUAGAAGAGAGUAUCAGAGCUUGCAGCAUCGCCACCAUUCUCAGCGUUCCAAAUGCCGUCCACCAAAAGGCAUGUACCUGACCCAGGAAGAUGUGAUAGCUGUUUCCUGUAGUCCCAAUGCAGCCAACACAAUUCUUAGACAGCUGGAUAUGGAACUAAUCUCAUUAAAGCGACAGGUUCAAAAUGCUAAGCAAGUAAACAGUGCACUUAAACAGAAAAUGGAAGGCGGGAUUGAAGAAUUCAAACCUCCUGAGUCUAAUCAGAAAAUCAAUGCCCGUUGGACCACAGAAGAGCAGCUUCUUGCAGUACAAGGUGUCCGAAAAUAUGGUAAAGAUUUUCAAGCUAUUGCAGAUGUAAUUGGCAACAAGACUGUUGGCCAAGUGAAGAACUUCUUUGUAAACUACAGGCGUCGGUUUAACUUAGAGGAGGUAUUGCAGGAAUGGGAAGCGGAACAAGGAACCCUGGCUUCUAAUGGUGAUGCUUCUGCUUUAGGGGAGGACACAAAAAAUACUUCUAAUGUGCCAUCAGGAAAGAGCACUGAUGAAGAAGAUGAGGCACAAAGCGCUCCGGCCACUCAGUGUUUAGGCCCUUCACCUCCAGCACAGGCAUCUGCUCCGGCACCUACCGCUCCCAUGGCAACUUUAAAUCAGCCGCCCCCGUUACUUCGUCCAGCGCUUCCUGCUGCUCCUGCUCUCCAUCGUCAGCCUCCGCCACUUCAACAGCAGGCGCGAUUUAUUCAGCCAAGGCCGACUCUAAAUCAGCCUCCCCCACCACUCAUCCGCCCAGCUAAUUCCAUGCCUCCUCGUCUCAACCCAAGGCCAGUGUUAACCACGGUUAGCGGCCAGCAGCCACCCUCGCUUAUUGGAAUUCAGACAGAAUCCCAGUCCACUCUGCACUGAAGAAAUAAAGCAGAAUUAUGCUAACUCCUACAUUUGAAAAAUUGUAUCAAUGUACUUUUUUUUUUCCAAAUAAUGAAGGGGAGAAAAGAGCAAGCCUUCACAGGUAUCAGACCAGUUUUACAGAGGAGCAAGCUAAUAACUAGAAACGGAACCACAUGAAUGACCACCUGUAUAAAAAUAUUUUUAUGUCAAAGACUUGUACAGCAGAACAAUGCCUACAGUACAGCCCUCCUCUAUAUGAAUAACUGUGGAAGGAAGCUAACUUCUUAAAUGAAUAAAUGUUCAACACACCAAGAUUUUGUUUAACUGAUUUUUACUCUAUUUAUUUUAUUACAGUUCUUUGUAGUCAAGCAUCUAACUACAGGAAAGUAGUCUGGCAAAUCUAGGAAUAGAUAAUAUUGUAGGAGACUUAAAUGUAGCGUUGGGUUUUUGUGUGUGUGUGUGAAUUUCCUUUUUUUUUUUUUUUUACUUUUUAGUGCAAAAAAAAUAAUGGCCUUAGGUUCAGAAUUUUUGGCCCUGUUUAGGUAACAGUAGAAGCAUUUCACGCACUUGUAAAAUGUAGGUGUUUCUUCUCUUCGUGUUUUUCCCAGAACACUUUUGCUUGUUGAAAAAGGUACUGUCUUAUUAAAUACUCUGCUGAAAGAGUAUUCUGAAGACUCGGUGAGCUAUUGUACCAAACUUACUAAAUCUCACGCGUGUUCUACUCAUAGAAGUUAACUGAAAACCGGAGUCCAGUUCCCUGCUGCGUUAUCUCUUGUGGGCUGGGGUGGAGAGGGAGGCAGCAACUCCUACCACCCAGGGGGGUGACAGGAGAGGAACCAUAUAGCAAGAACCAUUAAUUUAAUUUGUUAUUCCACUAAUUCUUCUAAUUUAAGUACAGCAGAAUUUCAUUCCUCUGAGAAUGGCUGUCUGCAGUUUGAGUACGUUAGAUCAUUGACAUCUUGCCUAAGAAUUCGUGAGGGAAGUAUAGAGGCUGAUGGUGGUAGUAGAAUAUUGUGGCAGUAGAGUUACCUGCUGCCAGCCCAGUCCUACUGUUAAAUGAUUAUCUCCGAUUUCUGCUAUUUCUGGCGGA